AUGGCGACGUCCCAGUUCCUCAGUGACGAUGACAUUGAGAAACUCUUCUCCGGAGCUCCCCAGUAUUUCGCCCGCAAGGAGAGCUACUUUCCCGGCGCGCCUCAUCCCAGCGUAGCCUUCCCGUUUGACGAGGAGCUCGAGAUCCGCGACCUGACGGACCACGUCCAGAUCGAGUCCAAGGCCUGGAGCGGCGUCACCGUCUGGCCGCACCUCACCCGGGACGUCAACCACGACCCCGAGGCCAAGAAGGAGGCAGAGGAGACGCGCAGGGCCCAUUUCCAUGUGCGCUGCGCCGAGCGGCCCAACAUGCUCAGCAUGCAGGGCCUCGAAAAGGGCACCAUGGGCUACCAGGCCGCCCUCGAGCUGGCCGUCAGCGACUCGCUCGAGGAGGAGCA